GGAAGGGACAUGUUGUACUGUACAUAACGUUACAACCUCAGGCUACAUAGAAACUUGUUCGGCUCGGCAGAACUAUCCGGCCACGGUUCGGGACACAGGUUGGACCACCAAUCUCCCGAAGCUCUAUCGACAUCCCGGAACUCAGGGUCCUAUGAUUAGGCCUGGCCUCGCUGACGAUUCUCGCCCGCUGCAGUCAUUGUAUCGUCCUCAUCCGUCCUCUUUCCGUUUGAUCACUCGUCAUGAGCCGCAUCCUUCCAUCCAGGCCAUGGUCACGUUAAUUUCCAUGGACAACAAACAAAUGCACAUGUACCUAGCUUAGCUACGGCAGAGGUUGUGAUGAAGCUGGGGAGACCACAGCGGUGAAAACUCUGCGACGACAACCAUUCUAGUCUGUUCGCUUGUCUGAGUCCCUGUCUUGCUUGACUGGGUCUUCCUUCCGUCAAGCUGGAGGCGGCGUUCGCCAUAGCGAGGAUGAAGCGCAAAGCACCUUCAGAUCUCUCUUUAACACAAUCCACCCCACUCGAUUUUUGCGGCCCUGCAAAGUCCGGCCAGAAAUUUCGUCCUGAGACGAAUGAGUAUGCGAAGACGAACAUAGCAAUGGAAGCACCAGGCCCAUUUGACGACGUCAUUGAAGAUGACUAUGACUCUUUUGAUGAGAUAUUUACACAGCAUUUUGCAGACGAUGGUACCUGUCUACGCGAGGACAUCACAAAUGUUGCCAACGAUCGGGAAGGUGUUCGUCCAUUUCAUCAGAAGGAACUGCCUUAUAGUCAAAGCUCCAACACUACCAAACGAUUCGUCAUCCCCCCCGUUUGUUAUUCCCAACCUCGACUCUCUCGCCCGUUCAAUGCAGAUCAUGCAGACUUGCCGUGGGCUCAGAGAUUCCCUCCAAAAGAUAUAAGUGAACUGGCAGUUCAUAGCAGGAAGAUCUCCGAUGUGAAAACUUGGCUGAAUAAUGCAUUCCAUGGGACGGGUGAACGGUUACUUAUCCUCCGUGGUCCUUCAGGAAGUGGCAAGACAACCACGGUUUCCAUUCUGUCAGAGACUCUGGGGUUUGAGAUAAUUGAAUGGAGAAAUCCAGCGGCAUCUGACUCUGUCACCAACUUGCCGAAUUCCGUCGCCUUACAAUUUGGUGAUUUUCUGGAGAGGGCUAAUGAGCUCCCUGGCCUCGACCUUGACCUGCCGAGCAAUUUCUCCGAAGGUCAAAGGGGCGCCAUAGAGGGCUUUUCGCCGCGACGGCGUUUAAUACUGAUCGAGGAAUUCCCUUCACUAAUAACGCAAUCUUCUAAUCUAUCUCUGUUCAGAAUGGCUGUUCAGCGGUACCUAGUAACGGCAGGCUCCGCUCGAGAGAUGGACAUAGUGCCCUGCUCUCCAAUGGUCAUAAUUAUCUCAGAGACACUUCUCGACUCAUGCUCUUCUUUUUCAGAUAACAUCACAGCUCAUCGAUUGCUAGGCCCGGCGAUCUGCAAUCAUCCAGGAACAAGAAUUAUUGACUUCAAUAGUAUAGCUCCCACAUUCAUGUUCAGAGCCUUAAAUUUGAUCUUAGAGAAGGAAGGCCGCGUUUCUAAAUCUGAGCGAGCACUAUCACCCGCUACAAUGCGCAGCCUAUCUCAGAACGGGGAUAUUCGAAGUGCGGCUGCCCGGCUGGAAUUCAUCUGCCUGAAGUCCAGUAAUUUUGCCGAGAUGAAGAAACCGUCUAAGGCCAAGAAAGCCUCCCGGAGAGCACCCACUCUUACUCCGGUGGAGGAGCAGGCACUCGGGCUCAUAACCCAACGAGAGACCACUCUGGGGUUGUUCCAUGCUGUUGGGAAGGUUGUGUAUAACAAGCGUGACGAUCCAAGCUCUAAGAAAGAUGGUCAGCCUGUUAUGCCUCCAAGCUACUUGCGUCAUUAUGGACGGCCGAAAAUAUCACAGGUGCAGGUCAACGAACUAUAUAAUGAGACCGGUACCGAUACACAAACUUUCAUCAGUACUUUGCAUGAGAACUAUGUUCCAUCUUGCGAUGGUGCCUCAUUCACAGAGUGCCUUGACGAUUGCAUUAGUGCGCUUUCGGAUAGCGACUUGUUGUAUCCUAUUUCCAAAAGGACAAAUAGGUUCUUCAUACAUGCAACUAGAAAUAGUGCUGCGGUUGAGACUUUGCGGCAGCAAGAAAUCAGCUACCAAGUUGCCGCUCGUGGGCUACUAUUCGCCCUUCCUUAUCCAGUGUCAAGAAAGAUUCCAUUUAAUGAUGGUAUUGGGACUCCAAGACAUAGCCAACAACUUCUUUACCCGACUUCUUUGCGGUCACUGCAUAUUAUGGAGGAGGUUGAGGGCCUCGUAGCUUUGUGGUCAAGCAGGCUCUUGAGCUCGAUUAGUUACCCUGCCCCAGGCUCAAUAGUUGAAUCUACUACUCCCCUCAGCGAGAAGGAGCUGGGCACUAGCAACAAUUUCAUUCACGAGGGCGCUCGGAAUGUAAGCCAAACAGUGACAGCAACCAUGAUACCGCGCAGUGACCUUAUACUUCAUCAAUUGCCGUAUAUGGCAUGUUUACUCAGAGGAGCCAGUGAAGGCCAGGAGCUCGAGAAGAUUACGAAACUCACCAGGCUCCAGCCGCAAGCGUCCAACAAAGCACGUACCUUCUUCGGUGAAUUAGGGACACCUGGUCCGAAUGUCGGACUAUUGGGAGAAAUACCGAAAACAAGGAUUCGAGGCUGGGAUAACACUUUAGAGUCUCAUCUACCGUCUGUGACCGAUGAGAGAGAGCUUACUCUGAGUGAUGAUGAAAUCAUAGACGAUAACUGAGAACUUGUUUCAAUGAUCUUGUCAUGCUUGGUAUCCUUGCCUUGAUUCAAGCGUUUGGGUCUCUUCCACAUGGUCUGGUGUAAAGACAAAG